AUGGCACACAGUAGUAAUGAUUUUGACCCAUCUAUAGAAGAUUUUACCACAGAAUCAAUUAGUUUUGAUGUAAGUGAUGUAACUAAUAUUCAACAGACAAUUGAUUAUUUUCAAAGUAAUGACAAUUUGAUAAGUGUUGAUAUUCCAGUAGUUGAAGGAUAUAAAUACCCUACUGAGGAUUUGAUAAUAUUAAAAAAUUUAUUGGAUAAAUGGAAUAUGGGGUGUGUUUAUCAAACGUGCAUUGAUAAUUUAAUUGAUUUAAAAGUUCUGACUUACAUGAAGGCAGAGGAUGUUUAUAAGUUGCUAGAAAAAUUUCCAUUAGGAAUCUACAUUUUAUUUCGCCAUGAGCUUGAAGAAUGGCAAAAAGAUGGGAAUUAUAUUUCUUUAAAGAAUAAUUCAAACCAAGGGAUACAAAAUGUACAACUAACAUCAGAAAAAUCAUCAUCAAUGCAGUCAAAAUUACCUUGUAAAACAAAGAUAGAUGAAAUAUUGAAUUCCUCUCCACAGGGUCAUUUAAUACUAGAGUAUUAUAAGCAAAAUAACAAAUUUAAUGAUGGGAUAAGGACUACAUUAGUAGACAUUGUAAUUGGAUAUAUUAUUAGCAAUAAUAUACCAAUGUCAGUUAAUGUAGCAGAAUCGUUGUCGGAUCAAAUUGUUGCCAUGUUCUCCACAGAAAUAAAGGAUGUGUAUUUUUUGAAAGUGGGAUCAAAUAAAAAUCCUAAGGGAAAGCUUUACGCCAAGUUCUAUAAUGCCAUGAGAACUCUAAAAAAUAAUGGGCUAGUUUCCCCUGCAGUCAAAACCGUUAAAAUCGUGCAAGAAAUCAAUAAAUCAAGAUAUGGAAACAUUUGGACGGAAAGAGAUUUUACAUCAGAAAAAAACAUAGAUUCAAUAUUAGAUGUUUUAAAAUAUAACACAACUUCAUAUCCUGAUUUAGAGGAGAAUUGGAAAUCAACGGUUAAUUACCGGUUAAAUGAUAUAAAAAAAUCAACAUCGACAGAAGAGAUUUUAAAAAAUUGGAAACAGUAUUUGAUUCCAUAUGGACACAAACUAAUCGACAUUGACUAUAGUGCCCUAUUUCCUGAUCAAAAUGUUUACAUUGAAUUUGAAAAAAAAUCUGAUAAAAUUUACAACAUUCUAGGGGAAAAAGUAAAAGAUUCCAGCUGUCUUAAAAUAUUAGACCAAAUAAAAACUGGCAACAAUUUAAAUGAAAAUGUAAAGAAUGCUGCUUUGAUGUAUUUGUUACAUGGAAUGUUUGCACCAACAUCUAAAAAGGUGACAAAAGAUGACAAAGGUAGAAAAAACCUUAUUAAGUUCUCUAUAAAAGAUUCACAAGAAAGUUGUAUUAUGUUUGGGGAAUCUGUGGAAAAUAUGGAAUCUCACCUCGAAAAACUUAAAAAACAGGGUAAUCCUAUUCAACCGUUUAUUCUUGUUAUUGGAACCGUUUUUAAUAUUAAAGAAAUAUUAGUUUAUUUUGAUUGUGUAAAGUAUAAGGUACAUUCAAUUUUAAGAGCAAUUGAAGUUUGUUACAAAAUAUUUCAAUUAUUCAAUCUACAAUAUCCUUCAGCAUCAUUAGUUGUAUGGUUGUUUAUUCAGAAAUAUUUUUUUAAUUACUCUUCAAUUUAUGAUAUACCUGACCCUAAACUAACACAAAUAUUAUCUGAAUUAAAUUAA